ACUUCGAAGCGCUAGUGUAGGCAGUGUAGCCUGAAAUCAUAAUUUUGACUUUCUAUAUCUUGUAUUCGUAUGGUAUAUACAAUUCAUCCUAACAUUCCUAACGUAGUAACGUCUAACUUGCGGGCCCUUUCCCAGGUACAUGCUGUACAUAAAAGUAUUGUAGAAUUACGUUUCGUUUUAUAAAAUUCAGCGACCGAAAUGGGUUUAUGAGGUCUAGGUACAACGAUUCUUUUAAACUCACGAAUCUUGUUUUCGUUCAGCAAUUAUCAUAUUAACUAAACUAUUAUUAAAUAAAUUAGUAUAGAUCGUUGUGUACAUAAUUUGACAUAAAAACUAGAUUAAAAUAAGUUAUUUCGGUUUUUUUUUUUCAUCUAAAAUAUGUCUCAAAUAAAGACUGAUAAGACAAUAAUACGAUUUGAAGAAAAAUGGCCAGAAAUGAGACCCAUUGUAAUUAAACUAUUACAACAAGAACCAGUAACUCAAAAUGAAUGGCAAAAUUUAUUUUAUGCAGUUCACCUUGUAUGUCUAUGGGAUGAACAAGGACCAAUAAAAAUGAGACAAUUCCUAAAAACUGACAUUAUGGAAUUCAUAAAAAAAGCUCAACAAAGAGUUAUGGCCCAUCAAGAAGAUCAAGCUCUACUUAAAGCUUAUAUCACUGAGUGGAGAAAAUUUUUUACUCAGUGUAAUUAUCUUCCAACACCUUUUAGACAACUAGAAAAUUCUCUAACUGGAAAAUCAUCAAUUGGUUUAAAAAAAUGCAAUGCUGAUAAAGAUUCUGUUGUCCGAAAGGUAAAGCUGAUACUUCAUGUAGUAUAUU